AUGACCGCCGACGGCGAGAAAGUGCGCGCCUCGGGCGAGACUCCGCGUGAGAUUUUGCCCACCGUCAACCCGGCGGUUGAGAAGCAGCAGGAGGCUUCCAAGGCUGCGUUUCACCCCGCGGUCUACGUGAGUGUCUGGAUCACCCUUAGUUCUGCGGUUAUUCUGUUCAACAAGCACCUCCUCGACUACGCCAACUUCCGAUUCCCUGUGAUCCUGACAACAUGGCACUUGACAUUUGCGACCAUCAUGACCCAGCUUCUGGCUCGCUUCACCACCGUUUUGGAUGGCCGGAAGUCUGUCAAGAUGACUGGUCGUGUCUACCUCCGUGCAAUCGUCCCCAUCGGUCUCAUGUUCAGUCUGAGUCUGAUCUGCGGUAACAUGACCUAUCUGUAUUUGAGUGUUGCUUUUAUCCAGAUGCUCAAGGCUACUACUCCCGUCGCUGUUCUGCUCGCCACCUGGGGCAUGGGUAUGGCUCCCGUCAACUACAAGACGCUUGCCAAUGUGUCUAUUAUCGUGAUUGGUGUCGUCAUUGCCUCCUUUGGCGAGAUCAAGUUCGUCCUGGUGGGCUUCCUGUUCCAGCUGGGCGGUAUUGUCUUCGAGGCGACCCGCUUGGUCAUGGUGCAGCGCCUUCUCAGCUCUGCCGAGUACAAGAUGGAUCCCAUGGUGUCUCUGUACUACUUUGCUCCGGUCUGCGCUGUGAUGAAUGGUCUGGUGUCUCUUUUCCUCGAGGUCCCUCACUUGACCAUGGACCACAUCUACGGAGUGGGCAUCUGGGUGCUGCUCGCCAACGCCAUGGUGGCGUUCCUGUUGAACGUCUCGGUGGUGUUCCUCAUCGGCAAGACCUCCUCCCUGGUCAUGACCCUGUGCGGUGUUCUCAAGGAUAUCCUGCUGGUGGCUGCCUCGAUGUUCAUCUGGAACACUCCCGUGUCGGGUCUUCAGUUCUUCGGUUAUUCCCUAGCUCUUGUCGGUCUGGUCUACUACAAGCUUGGCGGUGACAAGAUCCGCGAGUAUACCGGCCAGGCCAACCGCGCGUGGGCGGAGUACGGCAGCAACAACCCUGCUCGCCGCAAGUUCAUUAUCAUCGGUGCAGGCGCUCUCAUUUUCUUCCUCUUCGUGGGCUCGAUGGCUCCUAGCUAUGCACCUGAACAGGUUGAUCGUGUGAAGACCAUGCUGGGCGGUGUCACUGCCGGCAACGCUUAA